CGGCGGGGGCGGGAGCGGCGAGUGGUGCCUGAUGAGCGAGCGGCGCGGCGGCAGCGGCCCGGUAACGGUGGCAGGUGUCUGUGCCCCCGACCUCGGCACCCGCGGCAUCGCUCCCUCGGCGCCCGGGGACUGGGAGAGCGGCUCGGCGCGGUGGCACCAUCCCGGGGAGAAGAGUGUAGCUUAGUGUUAUGGGUGAUACAGGAGAAGGUAAAAUGCAGAUAGCACCAGAAACUCCAGGACGAGUUGCAAUCCUGAAUCCAUUUGAAAGUCCCAGUGAUUAUUACACUCUUCAGGAGCAGAUUGUCUCCAGUCCUUCGGUCUUUAAGUCGACAAAAUCCUCAUCAACACCAGGAAAAUUUAGAUGGUCUAUUGAUCAGCUUGCUCUAAUAAAUCCUGUGGAAAUUGACUCAGAAGAUGUUCGACGCCAGGCAAUGUAUUUGAGCCAUGCUAGAAUUGAUAAGGAGACAGAAGACAGAAGGCAAAAAGCUAUUGAGGAGUUUUUCACAAAAAGGCUCAUAGUUCCUUCUCCUUGGACUGAACAUGAAGGCAAACAAGUUUCUCAGUUUAAUUCAACUAAAUCCAUUGAUCUAAAUAACAUUUCUCCGAUUGGAAGACAGCUAAGCUUGCAGCCUGGAAAGAGCAAUGCUGCUUGUCAGACAGUACUGUCUUUGCCAGUGGAUAUUAAUUUAGAGAAAAUACUAGGUGAAUAUUUUAGAACUGAAGAAUUUGCAGAUCAGUCUCAGGAAAACCUAAGCUCUUCAUCACUCAGAAGAAAGCUGUUUUUAGAAGAAAAUGGAAGUGUAUCUGCAUGUUUGUCCCCUUCUCUGCAUAGUCCAUGCAGUAGUCAGCCACUUGGAGUGCUUUGUUCAAUAGAAUUAUCUCCAGUCCGGUGCAGAAGCCCUCUGGACACAUCUAGUUCAGGCCAGUUUUCUUCAAGUCCUAUUCAGGGAGGAGCAAGAGCUUACAGUCUGGGAAGUAUAACCAGUCCCACAUUUUCAGAGGGGUCUCCUGCACGUAGUGGUUCUCCUACUUUUUCACCAAUUGCUUUUCACAUAAGAAAAACACCACUCUCAGACCAAAGAAAAUUUACAUUUCGUUCUCCAGAUAUUCCUUCUUCCUCAAAUAGAAUGACACCGCCAAGUACAAGAAGUCCUUACAUAGAUGGUUGUUCUCCAAUUAAAAAUUGCUCUCCUAUGAGGCUUGGAGCUUGUAGAGGGACUGCCCAGUAUCAGACUUCUGUCAUUAGAAUACCAAUUGCAGUUGAGACUCAUGAUGAGGAUGAGGAAGACAAGGAAAAUGCUUCUCCAGCAGAAGCUCGGUUCCCAGAAAUGGAUAAUGGAAUAAACUUAUGUCAGGAAGACAGUGAUACUUUUGCACAUGGUACACAUCUUGUGGUAGCAACUGUGUCUAUUGCACCAGAUCACUCAGAAGCUUGUCAUCAAAGGUUGUCAUCAUUUCAGGAUAUAGAAGGCUUAAAAGAAAAUAAUACUGUAGAUAUGGCUGAUGCAGCUGAAGUGUCAGAGGAAAACACUUGGAUAAAAGAAACAAUUGGCAAUAGCAAUACACCAAUGACCAGCUUUAUGACAGGCAUUACUUUCAGUAUUGAAAGCUCUCGGAUGUGCAUGUCACCUCUUGCCGAAAGCAGUGCAAUUCCUUGUGACAACAGUAGUAUUCAGGUGGACAGUGGUUACAACACACAGACUUAUGGAAACAGCAUUAUGGAUACUGCGGGGGCUGAAAACAGCUGCAGAGAAAAUGAUGUGAAUACUGUAGUUUUUCAGAAUAAAUCUCAGAUGCUUAGAACAAAGGAGUGUUCUGUUUUAAGCCAUAAGGACAAUCAGUUGCUGAGAGCAAAAUCUCCAGAGACGCAAUCCUGUUUCCAAAAGGCAAAAUCACAUACUACAAUAUUUGGAAAAAAUGCAACUUGCAACAUUUCUGCUUGGAAACAUAAAAAUGAAAAUCAAGGUCAGGGAUUUCACAAAACUGUGUCUCCUAAGAACACUUGUGUCCAAACUGAUGCUCCAGUACACUUCGGAAGGAACCUAAGAAGGUGCACUAAGAUUAAUUGGUCUCAGUACAUCACUAAGAGAAUGGUGCGGCCUUUCUUCUAUCAAAGUAAACCAUUACACUUUUACUUCUCUCUUAUGUUUAAUUCUCAGUAUUAUUAUGUUGCUUACAGAAAUAACCAAAAUAUUUGUAUAAACCCUUAAAAAUAUAAUUAACUUCUGCAUGCCACUUAUUUCAGAAAGUAUUAAUAUAAACAAACCCUUGAUGCUUUCAAGAAAAUCAUCGACGAUUAAAGUAAUGAAUUGAGGAGGGUCUAGAAUCCCAGAACUCCCUUUGUCUAAUCAAAUCAGAUUUGGUUACAUUUGAUUGGAUUUGUUUAAAAGAACCUUGUGGCAUUUAUAAAUGUGAAUGGGGAAAAAAAAAAUCCAUGUGGUAAUCUUCUAGUCCUUAGGGACUAAGAGGGGAAGAAGAGAUAAGGGAAAUACUGAGAUUUCCAAGCUCUGUUUAUGUAGAGCUCUGAAGUAAAUUUUUUGGGUUAAUGAAAAUCAUAAGUCCGUUCUAAUAUGUAUUCCAGGUGAAGUAGUCUGUCUGUCUUUCUUAGCAAGUAUGUUCAGUCCCAGGGUGCUGGAUGGCUGCUUUCUGUUCUAUUCCACAACCCACAGAAAAGCUUGUACCAAAGUGAUAGGUGGUGGCUGAUGAGUAGCUAUUGGCACACUAAGCCUGAAACCAUUGGUCAGACCUAAAUUUGAAGGCAAAAGACAGCAUUUUUUAAAACUCCUACUGUGAGCAGAAUUGCAUGGCAUUAAAAUCAACAUGUUAGACCUGAGACUUGCGUGUGUUGUUUGAGGAACAGUUCUUGAAAUAUUUUCAUUGAUAAUUCACCAGUGAAGGCUUUCUGAAAAACAUACUUAAGAAAAAGGGAAGCUUCUAUACACAGCACUUGGUUUUACUUCUCAUACUGCAGAAAUAAAUAUAAAAAAUUUUACUUUAGUUUUCUAACCAGCAGCCAUGAUGUGCAUUAUAUUUACUUCUGUAGCACUUUAAUCACUAUUUCUGUAAUGCAUAUUGGAUUGACAGUAAUUGAAUCUAGCAUCCUAAAUUAUCUAUUUCAUGAUCUUCAACCAGUGCUCUACUAAAAGCUGGAAAUACGCAGACUUGGUAACUUUUAGGGGAUGAUUUUGUUAAAAGUAGGAAAUGAGCAAUAUACUUCAUUGUAUAUGAACUUUAUAAAAUAGAGCCUUCAAAAUGUUCUUAGCUUUAGCUUGUAAGUUUUGUCACUCAAAAGCAGGACAUAACUUGUCUAAGGUUUAUAAGUUAUGUAUGACCUUGUGUCUUUUCUGUUUCUCAUGACAGUUUUCUUUAGCAAUAAUCAAUUGAAAGGAGGAAUUUCAGAUUUCUGGACUGAACACACGAUUUAUUUUUGCAACUAUGAUUACUAAAAAUAGUACUGUUAAUUUAAUGGAUUUAAGAAGCAAAUUAUCUUUUUCUGAACUGUUCUGCAUUAUAUAUGUAAUUAGGAAUGGGUUAUAUUUUUUAAAAUUUUUUGAAUUUUUAAUAAUAUGUUCAAUGAUUGGAGGCUUUUGAAGUAUUCACAAAUAAAAAAUCUAUCAUUAAAAUA